GCCUUGACAAAUGACACUGACAUACAUACAUAGUAAGUAACCCCACACUAGUCACUACUAUAACAAUAGGAUAAAGUCCAAGAAUUGUUCUCCAAACCCUUUUUCUUUGCAGCUCCACAACUCCACCCUGUUCUUUUUCUGAAAAAACAACAGUGAGGCAAAAAUGCAAGGAGGAUUCAAGCAAAUCAUUUCUCAUGGAAGUGUCCUCAAAAGUGCUGUUUUACGACAUGUGCGAUUGGUGAGUCCAGUGUCGAGGCCACUUAUGUUUGCGCGCCAUGAAACAAAUUCAGCUGCUCGUAUCGAAGAACAUGGUUUUGAAAGCACCAAGAUAUCUGACAUUUUGAAGGGCAAAGGUAAAAGUGCUGAUGGCUCCUGGCUCUUCUGCACUACAGAUGACAGUGUUUAUGAUGCUGUGAAAUCGAUGACACAGCAUAAUGUAGGAGCCUUGGUGGUCGUGAAGUCUGGGGAAAAUAAGUCAAUUGCUGGCAUUAUUACAGAGAGAGAUUAUCUGCGGAAAAUCAUAGUGCAGGGAAGAUCAUCCAAAUCAACAAAGGUCGGGGACAUCAUGACGGAGGAGAACAAGCUUAUCACCGUCACACCUGAAACCAAAGUUCUGAAAGCAAUGCAACUGAUGACAGAUAACCGUAUCAGGCACAUUCCAGUUAUUGAUCAGACGGGUAUGAUAGGGAUGGUGUCAAUUGGAGAUGUUGUCCGUGCUGUCGUGAGUGAGCAUAGGGAAGAGCUGAACCGGUUGAAUGCCUUCAUACAAGGAGGGUACUAGAUGAUGAUGAUGAUAAAAUAAAUGGAUGAUGACCGCAAGGGUUAUGCUUACGGUUUAAAGAUGUCUGAGUUGAGAACUCUUCUUGUAAAUGUUGACAUCCUUCUUCUCUAGCAUGAUGUUUGCCUAUGGAUAUGGGCCUACCAAUUUGGGAUCAAUAAGAUACAGUCUGCACUAGUGUUUUUCUAUUUAGGUUGCAUGCAAUUGGCAGUUGCUUAAGAUGCCAGUUUGUUUAACCAAAACUUAAAGGUUAUUCUCCUUUAGAGGACUUAGAUUGACAUACUGCGCUGAGCAUAUUGUCCUCCCUCUGUUUUCAAAGAUGAAUUUUCCAUGA